UUUAUUAGUCUUGUGGAACUCGCAGAUCCUUUUUUUUGUUUAUAUUUUCCGGAAAGUAGUCUCCAUCUUCCAAAAUUGGCGUUCCAUCUGUGUCUUUUUGAAUCAGUUUUUCUGGGAACUUCUUCUCAUUGGUACCGUGGCAUGAUAAGAUAAACAUGUGAUCCGAUUCUUGCAUUUAUCUUUCAUUUUUACCAAAAAAAAAAUAAAAAUCGUCACUUUCAGUCCCAUGAAAGAUUGCCCGAUUCUUGUCUUAGUCAUACUUCUGUGACCACCACCACCACCACCACCAAUCCACCAUGUACCACCAUUUCUUCAAGAAGUCACUGUCUCGUUUGUCCUUUCAUGGCCGGACCAGAAUCCUUCCAUCCUAUAAUAAUAAUAAUCAGGGGAGUUUCCGGGGCCUCAGUCAAUUCUCAUCAUCGGAGAAACUUGAUAUCGAGUCAUCGUGGAAAUCCUUGGAGGGUCUACUCAGAUGUCCUGCAAAUUAUGUUCCUUUAACACCCAUAAGUUUUCUGAAUCGAUCUGCCAAGGUUUUUGGAGACAGAACCUCGGUUAUAUAUGGCUCUCUCAGGUGUACUUGGGAACAGACUCAUUCUAGGUGUCUUAAGCUAGCUUCUGCAUUAGCCCAGAUGGGGAUUUCACGGGGUGAUAUUGUUGCCACGUUAGCUCCAAAUAUACCAGCAAUGCAGGAACUGCAUUUUGCGGUGCCAAUGGCUGGAGCUCUCUUAUGCACAUUGAACACUCGCCAUGAUUCAGCAAUGAUUGCAGUCCUGUUGCGCCAUUCUGAGGCCAAGCUUAUCUUUGUUGACUACCAGUUUCUUCAACUUGCUGAAGGUGCAUUUGAAAUCCUUGAGAGAGAACAAAGAAAGCCACCGAUACUUGUAGUAAUCCCUGAAUCAGACGGACAAUCUCCCAGUGCUGCUAAUCCCAAUGCGUAUGAGUACGAGUCUCUACUAGCAACUGGAGAAGAUAGUUUUCCUAUCAGGUGGCCUAAAACUGAAUGGGAUCCGAUAAGUGUAAAUUACACCUCUGGCACAACAUCGCAGCCAAAAGGGGUUGUUUAUAAUCACAGAGGUGCAUACCUCAAUGCCAUUGCCACAUUUUUAAUUCAUGGUAUGUCACAGAUGCCCGUUUAUCUCUGGACUGUACCAAUGUUCCAUUGCAAUGCAUGGUGCCUGGCCUGGGGAUUGGCAGCCUUGGGAGGUACCAAUGUUUGCCUCAGAAGUGUCCGGCCAAAAGAUAUAUUCGACAAUAUUGUUUCUCACAAGGUCACUCACAUGGGAGGUGCACCCACUGUCUUGAACAUGAUUGUAAAUUCACCGGCAAGUGAUCAAAGGCCGCUCCCUCACACGGUUGACAUAAUGACUGGUGGUGCACCCCCGCCUCCCCAAAUCCUUUCCAAGAUUCAGGAGCUCGGCUUCAGAGUUUCGCAUCUUUAUGGACUCACAGAAGUUUAUGGUCCAGGAACAUCCUGCAUAUGGAAGCCUGAGUGGGAUUCCAAGCCUCCUGAUGAACUAGCAAAACUAAAAUCGCGGCAAGGCGUUCAGCAUCUUGGUUUGGAAGAAGUUGAUGUGAAGGAUCCUGUGAACAUGAAUAGUGUGCCAGCUGAUGGUCAAACAAUUGGCGAAAUCAUGUUUAGAGGAAAUACUGUGAUGAGUGGAUAUUUAAAAAAUUUGAAGGCCACAGAAGAAGCCUUUAAAGGGGGGUGGUUCAGGAGUGGUGAUCUUGCAGUGAAACAUCCAGAUAAUUACAUUGAAGUUAAAGACCGUCUCAAGGAUGUCAUAAUCUCCGGGGGCGAAAAUAUAAGCAGUGUUGAAGUUGAAACUGUUCUGUUCAGUCAUCCAGCAAUUCUUGAGGCUGCCGUUGUAGCAAGACCGGAUAAUCACUGGGGUCAGACCCCUUGUGCAUUUGUGAAGUUGAAGGAUGGAUUUACUGUUGAUGAUCAAGAAAUAAUCAAAUUUUGCAGGGACAGAUUGCCGCAUUACAUGGCACCAAGGACAGUAAUUUUUGCAGACAUUCCUAAAACAUCAACCGGCAAGGUACAGAAAUUCUUUUUAAGGGAGAAAGCAAAGGCCUUGGGCAGCCUUUUCUAAGCAGCAAAUAGCAUGAAUGCCCAGAAAAUUAACAACCUGGCAGAUACAUACAAAGAGGGAAGAUCAUAAGAGCUUCUUUCUGAUAGCUUGUGGAAAAAUGCUCACUCAUCAAGAUCAUAACAGCGACACAAUUCAUAAGAAGAUUCUAUAUACCAAUUCUGAACAGAAUUUACCAAACAAAAAUAGUCUUUGCUGUCAUUGUAGAUGCAGUUUAUCAUAUCUGGAAGCAAAAGAAUGCAGUGAAAUUUGAUAAGCAAGUGUUGAAGCCGGAAAAUGUGGUUCAAGCAAUUAUACAGGAGGUCAGGUGGAAGGUUCAUUGGUGCCGUAAAAGAGCAAGGCAAAGUGAGAAAGAGUUUAUGAAGAACCUAGGCAUGACUGUUGCUUAAUGAUUGAAAUCUGAUGUAAUAGAUCUGAAAUAUGUACAGGACUUUGAACUCAGUGGUUUGUGAGUAAUAGUAUUUACCAUCU